UAAUCAACCGCGGUACUUGAGAAUGGGUUUAGCUGCUUGGCAGUUCAUGAGAAAGGUUAUCAAUUAAAGGAGAUGAAGCCAAGCAGCAGCCCAUGCCAAAUGCUUCUCUCUCUUAGAAAUUCUGUGCCUUUUUUCAAAAUUUUCUCGCCAACCAAACACUACAUACUUCUAUCGACCUUCACGGUCCAAAACCCAGAUGGCAAAUCAAACAACUAUGCAAUUCCUCCCAAUCAGCCCUCCCCUUCAUCAACCGAGGAAAUCGGAAUCACCCAUCUUUUCAACAGGUCGUCUACAUUCUCUCGGACAAGUACAUUCAGCGAUGUCAUUUCGUCAAAUAAAAUCAUCACUAGGUAUGUUCGUUCAGGUGAUUUAGAUUCUGCCCUUGGUGUAUUCAAUGGAAUGACCGUCAAAACUACAGUCACGUGGAAUUCAAUUUUAGCGGGGAUUUCAAAAGAGCCUGGCAAAACUAGCGAAGCCCAGGAACUGUUUGGUAAAAUUCCUGAACCAGAUAUUGUUUCUUAUAACAUCAUGUUAUCUUGCUACUUACGAAGUUCUGACGUGGAAACGGCUCGAUCUUUCUUUAAUCGAAUGCCCGUGAAGGAUACUGCUUCGUGGAACACAAUGAUUUCGGGUUUUGCCCGUAAAGGAAAGAUGAUUGAAGCGCGGCAGUUGUUUAUGGCAAUGCCAGAUAAAAAUAGUGUUACGUGGAGCGCAAUGAUUUCUGGUUAUGUUGAAUGUGGGAAACUGGAUAUGGCUGCUGAGUUAUUUGAGGUCGCACCAGUUAAGAGUGUGGUAACAUGGACGGCAAUGAUUAAUGGCUACAUGAAGUUUGGGAAAGUUGAGUCAGCAGAGAGGUUGUUUCGAGACAUACCCGUGAAGAAUUUGGUUACAUGGAACGCCAUGAUUGCAGGUUAUGUUGAGAAUUAUCAAGCUGAAAAUGGUUUGAAGCUUUUCAGGGCGAUGUUGGCAUGUGGUAUUAGGCCAAACUCAUCGAGUUUGAGCAGUGUUUUGUUGGGAUGUAGUGAACUAUCUGCAUUGCAGUUAGGAAAGCAGGUUCAUCAGGUGGUUUAUAAAUCUCCCUUUUAUGAUACGACUGCAGGUACUUCUUUGAUCAGUAUGUAUUGCAAGUGCGGAAACAUAGGAGAUGCUUGGAAGUUGUUUAUGGAGAUGCCAGUAAAAGACACAGUCACUUGGAAUGCGAUGAUAUCUGGUUAUGCUCAACAUGGUGAAGGUGAAAGGGCCAUUCGUCUGUUUGAUGAGAUGAGGGAUAAAGGAUUAAAACCUGACUGGAUCAGUUUUGUUGCGGUGUUGUUGGCUUGCAACCAUGCUGGACUAGCAAACCUUGGGAUUCAGUAUUUUGAUUUGAUGGUAAGGGAUUAUGGAGUCGAAGCUAGACCAGAUCACUAUACUUGUAUGGUUGACCUUCUAGGUAGAGCAGGUAAGCUGUUAGAAGCUAUAGAUUUGAUAAAGAAGAUGCCUUUCAAACCACGUCCUGCUAUAUUUGGAACCCUUUUGGGUGCUUGUAGAAUUCACAAGAACUUAGAGGUGGCAGAGUAUGCUGCCAAGAGCUUACUUAAUCUUGAUCCAACUAGUGCAGUUGGUUAUGUCCAACUUGCUAAUGUUUAUGCAGCAAUGAACAGAUGGGACGAUGUUGCCAAGGUUCAUAAAGCAAUGAAAGAAAAUAGGAUUGUCAAGACACCUGGUUAUAGUUGGAUUGAGGUAGGGAGUGUAGAACAUGAGUUCAGAUCAGUUGAUAGAAUUCGCAAACUAGCUCCUAUGCAUGAAAAACUCAAGGAGCUUGCGAAGAAAAUGAAGAUAGCAGGUUAUGUUCCUGAUCUCGAAUAGCAUGAUGUAGGAAAAGAGCAGAAAGAGCAGCUUCUGAUAUGACAUAGUGAAAAGCUGGCCAUUGCUCUCGGGCUGAUGAAGAUGCCACUGAGAAUUCCAAUCUGAGUGUUCAAAAACUUGAGAGUUUGUGGGGAUUGUCACCUUGCCAUUGAAUACAUCUCUCUGAUAGAAAGAAGAGAAAUCAUUUUGAGAGAUACUACAAGGUUUCACCAUUUCAAGGAUGGGUGUCGCUCUUGUGGUGACUACUGAUGAGGUUUUUCUCUAUAACUUUUGAAUUUGUUGUUAAGUCUAAACUAGUACCCACAAGCCAAUGAGGGGACUCGAUUCUUCUGGCCAGGAUUCUAGGGUGCAAAGUCACAAAAGUUUUCUCUUAAAUACCUAGAAUUGCCACUUGGAGCCAAAUACAAAGUGUCCAUGUAUGGCUUCCGAUUGUGAAUAGAUUUGAGUCGAGGCUUGAGGGAUGGAAGAGAAAUUAUCGCUUGAAGGGAAGAAGAUUGACACUCAUUAACAGUAUCAUGGCAACACUUACCAAUUUACUACAUGUCUCUAGUCACUUUUGCCUUGAGAGUGGUAAAAAAAUUGGAGACUGUUCAAUGACAUUUCCUAUGGGGAGACCAUAAUGAGAAAAGGAACUAUUUGGUGACUUGGGAUGUUGUUAAACACCCAAUUAAGGAAGGGAGUCUUGGAAUCAGAUCAAUAGUCAAGUUCAACAAGGCAUUAUAAGACAAAUAGAUAAAGAGACUCAUGAAGGAACAAAACAGUCUAUAAAGGAAUGUGAUCAAAGAAAGUUUGGAUUAGAAAGUCAGGAAUGUUGUCUAAAAACACUAGACAGACAUAUGGAGUUGGAUUAUGGAAGAAGGUAAUAUCAGGCAAGGAGAAUAUCCAGCGAUAUAUCUGAUAGAAGAUUGGAUCAGGAACAGAGUGAGUUUUUUGUUAGAAGAUUGGAUUAGGGAGAAGCAUUAGCUAAAUGCUUUCCUACAACUUUUUCCCUAGUAUAGAACUAAGUGGCAAUGGUGGCAAAUUUCUUUUCCUAAUACCAUGGGAAAUGGCGCUUGGGUGGUGGAGCCAACAAGAAACCUAAAUGAUUAGGUUCCACUGUGAAAGAGCAAAUAAGGCCAAGGAUGGCUAGGGGUCCUUUCAGUGAAAUCCUAGUACCUCCGUCUAACCAAAGAUUGGAAGAGCUGUCGGGAAUUUUCCAUGUAAACUUAUUUUGAAGAUUAAUGCUCCUGCAAGAGUGGUCUCUUUUACAUGGGAAGCAACAAGAGAUUGCAUCCUAAUCAUUGAUAAUUUGAUUAGGGUAAUGCAGAAUUGAUGAACUACCUUCUCCUUUGGUGUCCUUUUUCAUAUCAAAUGGGGUCUGUAGCUUACAGCCUUUUGGGGGUCGAUUGAUAGUGACUGGAUUGAUUAAAGAGGAGAUCUAGGCAUGGAGAGGCAUAAAAAAGGAUGAACUUUAUAACUAGAGUAUAUCUUUUAUUCCUCUUGCCACUUUAUGGGUUGUCUGGAAAAA